GCGAGCUACCUGGAGGCCAAACGUCACGUCGUGGCAGACACCGUGAAAAUUAUUGACGAAAGCCUACAAUGGAGAAAUGAGUUCAGCGUCAAUGGUGCUGUAGCCAUAACACAAACACAUGGACAGACAGACAGACAGAGAUUUGAUCUUUAGAGUAGCCUAAUCAAAAGCUUUUUACUGAAUCAAGGUAUUUGGUUCACAGCCGAUGAAAUUCAUUCAUCGGCUAUAUCAUUAAGCUAUAUGCUACCCUGCGCUGUCUUAGUCAGAACAGUAAACCAAGUGCAUACUUCUAAUGUAUGAGCGACGUCAACAAAAUGUUGACACUGAGAGGUUGACAAUGGGACUGGCUGUAAAGUAGUAUAGAGGGUCUACUGUUGAAGAUACAAUGGGCAGACUCCAUGUGACUGAUGCGUCAGCCUCCGUCUGUCGCUCAGGGACCCAUGGAACUUACUUUUACAUUAAUAUUGAGGGCAUUUAGCAGACUUUUAUGCAAAGCGACUUGCAAUAAUUACAUUGGUAAGAAGGGGGUGAAACAAUAUAUUGCUGUUGGUAGGCAAGGCAACUUUACUUAUAAAGCGCUUUUCAUACAUAAGGCAGACUCGACGUGCUUCACAUAUAAACAUUGUCACACAAUAAAACUAAUUAAAAAUGAAUUAAUUGGUAGAGUAUGGAUGUUCAUAGAACCAAGCGCCAAGUACUAACAUCGCUAGAUUAACCCAUUCCCUGUAUACAACACAGUUGUGUAGCAUCUUAUCCUAGCUAUCUAAGUACUUUAAGUGACCAGGAACUUGUGCCCUUUUGGCCCUGAUGGCGUUCAUGGUUUACAGCGGUCAACAUUGGAGUGGUAUGUGCUUUGUUUUGCAUACCCAUGUUUCUGUGUGUGCUCCCCUCGCCAGACAUCGCAGAGGACAAUCUCCAGAAGUCCUUCCUGGAGGCCGGGAUGCAUUAUUUCCGAGGCUACGACAAAGACGGCAACAAGCUGUGGCCAGGACUAAUCUGUUUGUGGCGUCAGUCUGGUUCCGCUUGAAGCUCCAGGCAAAGGAUAGCCGUACGCUGCAGGAGAAGAAAAGGUACCUGGCCUUCUGGCUGGAGCGCUUCGUCAGGCACGAGCCGGGCGCCCUGCUCACCACCGUGUUCGACAUGUCCGAGUCCGGCCUGGGCAACGUGGACAUGGAGUUCCUGAGGUUCCUCAUCACCUGCUUUCAAGUGUAUUACCCCAGACUGCUGGCUAAAAUCCUCAUAUUUGAGCUGCCAUGGAUUAUGAACGCGGCAUGGAAGAUUGUGAAGUCCUGGCUUGGGCCGGACGCCAUCGACAAGCUGAAGUUUGUGACGCGGCACGACGUGCAGACCUACAUCGAGCUGGAGCAGCUCCCCCUGCACAUGGGUGGGAUGGAUGUCUUCGAGUACAGUUACCCUCCUCUGCCAGACGACGACUUCCAGCCGCCGCUGUCCGAGUCGGGCCAGGGGGAGGCGGGGGUCAAGGAGACGGCCGACCCGGAGCCACGGCUCAGGAAGGAGGGGGACGUCGACUCCAGGGCCAGGCCCCCCAGACGACCCACCACCACCACCAUCACAGGCUCCCUGCUCCGCUUCAGCCCAGGGCGGGAACUGUGCUUCGGCCAGUCAAUGGGUGACCGACGAUGUGUCAUCCUUCUUGAGAACAUCCCCAAAAACCCGGUGGCCUAUAAGGUUCGUACCACGGCCCCAGACAACUACAGGGUGAAGCCCAGCAGUGGUGUCCUGGAUCCGGGUUCCAGCGUGGAGAUUAUGGUCUCACUGCAUGGAGGCUCCCAGGCCUCUCCUCAGGACCGCUUCCUAGUAAUGGCCGCUGAGAUGGAGAAGGCCGUUGCCGGGGAAAACCAAGACCUGGCCCAGUUCUGGAAGGACAUCCCCAAGACUAAAGUGAUGGAGCACAGGUUACAGUGUAAAGUUCUUCAAGGUGUUAAACCCGCCCACAUCCAGACCACCAACCCCCACGCAGACCUAACUAACGGCACUGGCGGCCAACAGGACACGCACACUAUGCUGCUGAAACUUCUGGCUGGAUCCAGGCGCCUGGAACAGAAGCUGGAUCACUGCCUCUGGACGGAGAAUGUUUUGAUCGUCAUGGUCACCCUUCUGACGGCCAUCUUAUCCUGUUGCCUCUACACUCAACACACUGGGCUGGGGCUAUUUUAACCGGGCCCCAGGCUUCUUGUGCAAUGGAACCGAUCGGCUGGAUCCAGAGCACUGAUGAAGACCCCUAAGUCGGGUAUGGUUGACAGACUUGUAAGAGAAGGGGUGUGGGUGUGCGGGAGGAACAAGCUGUUUGUUGUUUGUUUGUUGACUGAAAGUUGUAUCUAUUUGGGCAUUAUUUCUCAUCCACCUCUGGAUAUAUCAUUUUUUGUGAAAUCUCUGUUAAUUGGAAAGCUGGCAAUAAAAAUAUUGGAAUUAUAAAAUCUAUCCUAAGGUUUGGAUUGC